AUGGGACCCGCAGCGCUGCUGAGGCUGCUGGUGGCGGCGGCGGUGGCGGCCAUCACCAGCGCCAACAUCGCCCUCGGCGUGAACAUUUCGCUGAUCUUCGACGAGGCGGCGAACGAGACGGCCUACUCCGGGGACUUUGUCUACAACUACGACUACUUGGCGGACGACUGCGUGAUGGAGAUCAUCGUUUACAAGUGGGGCAGUACUGGUGGAUGGGGUAGAUUUUACAACUUGACCUUCACCAGACCAUUUGACUACUUGGUGACCAACUUCCCGGCCGUCAUGGAGUCUAUCUGGUUCCCGAUGGGGAUCACAAAGAAGCCUGUGGCUCCGGGCACCUACUACAUGAAGCGACUCUGGACACGACCGAUCACCCUAAAAAAAUUCCCUGCCUUACCUUACGGGAAGUUCAAGUUGUACAUGAAGGGUGUGAAGGACGGCAAAAGACAAGUUUGUGCCCAGAUGAUCGUCGAUAUCUACGAAGUCGGAGUUUUCCGAGCUCUGGGAUACAUUCCAACUUUAGCAGGUCCAGUAUGGGGCCGAAGCUGAUCAACACGCACUUCAGCGACGUGUGUGCUUAGGUUGUGGCCUCGCGUAGCGUCUUAUUUACAGCUGAAGUAAGGAACUGCAGUGUAUUCACUUUAUAAUAAAUAAAAGUUGAUAGUCUUCA